AGCGAGGGAGCGAGGCGAGGCGAGGCUGGGCUGGUGCGGGAAGAAGCCGAGCCUCCCGCGCUGCUCCUCCCCGCCUGCGGCUGCGCCCGGUUCGGUUCGGCUGCCGCGGCCAUGACCGACAACAUCCCCCUACAGCCGGUGAGGCAGAAGAAGCGGAUGGACAACAAGCACCGCGGCGGAUGUUGCGAGUGCCUAAGAUGUUGCGGAAGAAGAGAACCAAGGCCUCGGACGGUUUGGCUUGGCCAUCCAGAAAAGAGAGACCAGAGAUACCCACGCAAUGUCAUCAACAACCAGAAAUACAACUUCUUUACAUUUUUACCAGCGGUUCUGUUCAACCAGUUCAAGUACUUCUUCAAUCUCUACUUCUUGUUUCUGGCCUGUUCUCAAUUUGUUCCUGAAAUGAGACUUGGUGCACUUUACACAUAUUGGGUUCCACUGGGUUUUGUGCUCACCGUUACCAUCGUCCGUGAAGCUGUGGAAGAGAUCCGAUGUUACAUGCGGGACAAGGAGGUGAACUCCCAGAUCUACAGCAAACUCAUAGCAAGAGGGACUGUCAAGGUGAAAAGUUCUAAUAUUCAAGUGGGGGACCUGAUCAUUGUGGAAAAGAACCAGCGGGUCCCAGCUGACAUGAUCUUUCUGAGGACAUCGGAAAAAAAUGGGUCCUGCUUUCUCCGUACGGAUCAGCUGGAUGGUGAAACAGACUGGAAGUUACGCCUGCCGGUCAGCUGCACUCAGAGGUUGCCCACUGCUUCUGACCUUCUUCAGAUCCGAUCUUACGUGUAUGCAGAAGAGCCCAACAUUGACAUCCACAACUUUGUUGGAACAUUUACUAGAGAGGACAGUGACCCCCCUGUGAAUGAGAGCUUAAGCAUUGAAAAUACCCUGUGGGCAAGCACAGUAAUUGCUUCAGGAACAGUUGUGGGAGUUGUUCUGUACACAGGUCGUGAGCUGCGCAGUGUCAUGAACACAUCAAAUCCACGGAGUAAGAUUGGCCUCUUCGACUUGGAAGUCAACUGCCUCACCAAGAUUCUUUUUGGGGCCCUGGUGGUGGUCUCUCUUGUCAUGGUUGCUCUCCAACAUUUUGCUGGCCGCUGGUACCUUCAGAUCAUCCGAUUUCUUCUUCUUUUCUCAAAUAUCAUUCCAAUAAGUUUACGUGUGAAUCUUGACAUGGGAAAAAUUGUCUACAGCUGGAUGAUCCGGAGGGAUUCUAAAAUUCCCGGCACUGUGGUUCGAUCCAGCACAAUUCCAGAGCAACUCGGACGGAUAUCCUACUUACUUACAGAUAAAACAGGAACCCUAACACAGAAUGAGAUGGUCUUCAAACGCCUUCAUCUUGGAACAGUAGCUUAUGGCCUAGACUCCAUGGAUGAAGUUCAGAGUCAUAUAUUUAGCAUAUAUACUCAGCAGCCCCAGGAGCAGCCUGCUUUAAAAGGCCCUGCCUUGGCAACUAAAGUACGAAAAACCCUGAGCAGCCGAGUCCAUGAAGCAGUGAAAGCAAUUGCCCUGUGCCACAAUGUAACGCCUGUGUAUGAAUCAAAUGGUGUGACAGAUCAGGCUGAAGCCGAGAGGCAUUAUGAAGAUUCUUGCAGGGUAUAUCAAGCUGCUAGUCCUGAUGAGGUGGCCCUGGUACAGUGGACAGAAAGCGUAGGCUUGACGCUGGUUGGCAGAGAUCAGUCUUCUGUGCAGCUGAGGACCCCUGGUGGCCACAUCUUAAACUAUACCAUCCUCCAGAUCUUCCCUUUCACCUAUGAAAGUAAACGGAUGGGAAUAAUUGUUCGGGAUGAAUCUACAGGGGAAAUAAUGUUCUACAUGAAAGGGGCCGAUGUUGUAAUGGCUGGCAUCGUUCAGUACAAUGACUGGCUUGAUGAAGAGUGUGGUAAUAUGGCGAGGGAAGGGUUGAGGGUCCUCGUGGUAGCAAAGAAAUCCCUGACAGAAGAACAGUAUCAAGACUUUGAGGCACGCUACGUCCAAGCAAAGCUGAGCGUCCAUGACCGCUCCUUGAAGGUAGCCACUGUGAUUGAGAGCCUGGAGAUGGAGAUGGAGCUGCUGUGUCUGACUGGUGUGGAGGAUCAACUGCAAGCAGAUGUCAGGCCAACUCUGGAAACUCUGAGAAAUGCUGGCAUGAAGGUAUGGAUGCUCACAGGGGAUAAACUGGAAACAGCCACGUGUACAGCUAAGAAUGCACAUCUGGUAACCAGGACCCAAGACAUUCAUAUAUUUAGACUGGUCACCAACCGUGGAGAAGCUCACUUGGAGCUGAACGCCUUCCGUCGCAAGCAUGACUGUGCCCUUGUGAUUUCUGGUGAUUCCCUGGAGGUGUGCUUGAAAUACUAUGAGUAUGAAUUUAUGGAAUUGGCUUGCCAGUGUCCAGCUGUGGUCUGCUGCAGAUGUGCCCCAACACAGAAGGCCCAGAUUGUACGCUUGCUCCAGGAGAGAACUGGGAAGCUGACUUGUGCAGUAGGUGACGGUGGGAAUGAUGUCAGUAUGAUUCAGGAGGCCGACUGUGGAGUUGGGGUUGAAGGGAAGGAAGGAAAACAAGCUUCUCUUGCAGCAGACUUCUCCAUCACUCAGUUUAAGCAUCUUGGCCGGCUGCUAAUGGUGCAUGGACGGAACAGCUACAAAAGAUCUGCAGCUCUCAGCCAGUUUGUGAUCCACAGAAGCUUGUGCAUCAGUACAAUGCAAGCUGUUUUCUCUUCAGUGUUCUACUUCGCUUCGGUUCCUCUCUACCAGGGAUUCCUCAUUAUAGGGUAUUCUACACUCUAUACCAUGUUUCCGGUGUUUUCUCUGGUACUGGACAAAGAUGUCAAAUCAGAAGUUGCCAUGCUGUACCCAGAGCUAUACAAAGAUCUUCUAAAGGGAAGGCCAUUAUCGUACAAGACAUUUUUGAUAUGGGUUUUGAUAAGUAUCUACCAAGGCAGCAUAAUUAUGUAUGGUGCACUCUUGCUGUUCGAAUCUGAGUUUGUCCACAUCGUUGCAAUUUCCUUCACUUCCCUGAUCCUGACUGAGCUGUUGAUGGUAGCCUUGACCAUUCAGACAUGGCACUGGCUCAUGAUAGUGGCAGAAUUACUCAGCCUUUCCUGCUACAUCGCCUCUCUGGUCUUCUUACAUGAGUUUAUUGAUGUUUACUUCAUUGCAACUUUAUCAUUCCUCUGGAAGGUGACAGUAAUCACGCUGGUCAGCUGUCUUCCUCUCUACUUCCUAAAGUAUCUGAGGAGAAGAUUUUCCCCCCCAAGCUAUUCAAAACUCACAUCCUAGGUGGUUCUACAGAUGAAGCAAAGACUUUUUUUUCUUUUUGCACAGUGCUCACAGACAAAAUAAAUGCGUAUUCAUCAUAGUAACAGCAAUGUCCAGUGACUGCGUACAGUUCAUGCAUUAGCUGGAGAAUGUUGCUGAAAGACUAACGCACAUUUAAGCAGAAACUUAGGAGUCAAGUAAGCAGAGGUGACUUACAUAGAUAAUCCAGUUCUUGUCACUUUAUAUUUAUUUAACUGAAGGCCAAUGCAUGUAACUGAAAAGAAGAGUUGUCUUCCAGUGAGCAAGCAGUCAGCUUACCUGGAAAUUGCUGAGCAAGAUAUUGUUGUGACAAAUUUUUGAAGUGAAUUUUCCCUUUUUUUAAUUUCUUCAUGUUGUUUUAUAUUACUAUUUAUCUUUUUUUUAGUUGCAGUCUUGAUUAUAAGCAUUUGUAUGUCUUGGGAAAUACUUUUAAAGGGGUGACAUAACAUGCUGUUCACAGGUAACGGUUAGAGGAUGGUACCAUGCUGGUCUCUUUUGAUGUGUUUCAAUGCAAACCAAAGUUGCAAUUUUCAACUGGUUAAGGUUUUCUUUAUUUCCCCUUUAAAAAAAGAACGGGAGAAAGAAAACCCACAGUGAGUUUUUCCUGCUGUGAUGUUGCCCAAUUAUUUUUAAAGGAAAUAGCUAUUGUCAGGAAAGAGAAACAACCGGCUUUAUUCAGUGCUAGUGUUUUAUAGAGAGAAGAACUGUGCCAUUCCGACUAGCUGCGCAGUGUAACCUGGCCCCUUGGGGCUGAAACCGCCCAUUCAAAGGCAAGCAUAAGCUUCCUAAUUCUCCUUGUUGACCUAGUCAGUGCUCAUGUGAGAACAGGAGGCCAUGCUCGUGCUGGAACCAAAGAAUGGGGUGCUUAGCACUGACUCUGUAGGCCUCCUCCCCUUCUUGCCAUUCACCACCCCCCCCCCCGCCAGAAAUCGAAAAUAAGUCUGACUAGAACAAUAGAAAACAAAGGAGAAUUGGCAGGUGGGUAACGGCAAAGUCCCCGCCCGCUCCUGCUGCCUUUUAAGUCUCCUCUACAAACAUCUCGCCCACAUUCCUGUUAACCAACAAAUACGUCUUUCCUGGGGUAAUGUCUAUUCUCUCCUAAUGGGGGGUUCAUCCAGCAUACCUGACCAGUAUACUACGUCUCUGCUGCUUUUUGUUGUCCACCCCCUUCAUCUUGCUGCUUCCAGAGGCUACAGGCCGUCGGCAAACAUGCACAGUACUGAAUGUUGAUGUGCAAACUACAACUGAGCAGACAUGACACCAGAUACAGCUACAUAUUCAGGGCAGGAGACUGCCCCGGAUGGCAGAUCAGAGAAUGGAGCUUGGCUGGCUGACAAUAAUAAUAACACUGCCAUAUUACAGAACAAGCUACUUUAACUUUCAUCGACAUGUUGGAAGGAAAUCUGCUGCUAAUUGUCCCUUUUGAAAGUAUCUGAAAUGUUAUUCCACAGAAACAUAACAGAUGUAUGAUGAAUCAUUAGACUUGAAAGGGAAAGGUCAUGGGAUCCUUGCUAUUUACUGUAAAACUUUUUUUAAAUGUUUCCUGUUAAACCCAAGCUGCAGCUUCCUAUAUAUUAUUGAACUCUACCACUUCAGAAUACAGCUGGGGAAUCAUAUGUUUGAAUGUUCUCCCCAUGCUUUUUUUAUUAACUUUCUGCACAUGGAAAAAUACGUCACGGAGAAGGCUACUUGAAAAUCCUUUUCCCUAACAUGCUAGUUUCUAUGACUGCUGCUCAUAUUUGUCAGCUUUCAAAUAUGCUCCUCUACACAUACAGUGGUAAAGUCCAGGGAGAGCUGUACCAUGUGGUGUUUUUAAAUGUGUAGUUGUGUUCCCAGUGUGGGUGAAUGAUGCAAGUGUUGAAAUUAAAACCAAAUAUGUGGAUUUCCCACUCAUGGCAAGUCACAGUAUCUGUCAUUGGAUAUGUCUUGCUUGCAGCAGAAACUUGUGCAAGUGGCAUCAGGAAACAACGAAGGUUUUCUCCAACAAAUGACUGGCUGUUCCUCCAAGGGAAGGGGACAUUCCUCCCCUCCCCAAGCAUCCGGCACACUUCAUAAAAGCUUGCAUUAACCAUUGAUUUACAAGUUUCACCCUACUAGCUACAAGGUGUAUUGUGGAAGAUGUUUCUAAAGGGGGAGUGUGUCUACAUGACAAAAGAAUGUUUUAAAGUGAAGCACUGUGGAAAAUGAACAUGCAGGAGUUGGAAGUUCCUGAUGCAAUUACUUGAUCUAGGAGAGUGUGACAAGUGCAGAAGAUAUUGCUGCUCUGUUCCGCAUAAUCAAAAGGAUCCCUGGUGAAUGGGUAACCCUCGAAGCAGAAAGGAAGGCUUGCUGGCAGCUGUCUUCGUGACAAUGUGCUUCCUGGAAAAGCCGAAGUGCCAGAAGCAGCACAGCACCGCUGGGAAUUCCGUUUUCCGAAUAGGCUCAGAAGAGUGCAGCCAAGUCCAUAGGUUUCAAGGCAUAAAAUGGUGUCUUCUGCAAAGCAUUUACCAUGGGGGUGGAUUCCAGAAGCUCAAAGAAGCUACAUCUACAUCGCUACAUCUCCUCUUCUUUUUUCCAUCAUUGGCCCAUAGCUCUAGAAAAGAAGAAAGUAUGUGGCAUUUCCCCCUACCAAGCAGACAAUGUGAGUCCACUUUGAGUGGAUUAUGGAAAAUGGACGUCAUACAAGAAGAAUAUCUGUAGGACAAAUGUUAUGCAUUCAGUUCAUUUCUACAUGGGAUUCAGAGUUGUAGGGUUUGUGAUCCUUUGAACAUUGUAGAGUCAGAAGAAAAGCACCAUGAAACAUGGAGCCAUCAAGUCCAGUUAAAUUAGUGGUAUUUGAGCAGAUACGAAAGCAUCUAAGUUCAUUUGAAAGCUAUUUCUGUGGGAUUUAAGCAUGCUUAACUCCAGAUGGAAACAAUUUUAAGGGGGAGGAGAGUCAGAGGGCACUAUAAAGACAACUUGACCAAAAGACAGCACAUUCACAUUCAGCCAGUGUAUCUUUUUAAGCUUCUUUUACUGCCUCUCUUUUCAUUCUAUAAAUAUAAUGCUUUUCUGAGUGUAUCUUGGGGUGUCCUUCUCCACACAAGUCCUCUUUACGGUAAUGGGGGUGUGCAAGACCAUAUUAGUAGCAAUGGUAGAUAGCACUGAUUAUUUUGAAUCAAUACAGUUUACGCUGAAUGACCACCAUGUCAUUUGUGGCCAUAUUAAACCAACAAGAAAGGGAAAUAAUUGGAAUUAGGUUCAGUAAUAUUUAUUGGACUCUUAUUUGGUUUCCAGUAACAGUUAAUGCUUUGUGGAAGCCAGGACAUGGAGCCCCUCUUGCACAUGGCUGUAUCUAUGAAGUAUUUCUUCUGAGAUUAUGCUGAGUAGUUUAGUUUUGUGGGUGCUUGUGAAUUUUUUUUAAUUGCUCAAAACAUGCCAGUGGCAUCAGCUGAUUUCUUUUUUAUGGUGAUGACUAUAACAUGUUAGGGUGAAAAUUGCAAAUUGUGGUGGAGUCUACUGAGAUAAAAACAGAUGGGAGAAAUGAAGCAUCCUUCUUAAAUUCCUUUAAUUUUAUGAACCUUGGAAUCAUGCAUAUUGGGAUGCCAGUUCACUGAACUGAAAUAGAAGUUACACAAAGGCACAGUUUGGAGUGAAUUCCAGUUUGAUCAACUGGCAAACAUUCUGUAGAUUGUGCACUGUACUCUGUGUGAUACAAGAUAAUUUGGCAGCAUUACUUAAAAUGAAAAAAGUAGCAAAGUAUUUGUGGUUCAUCUAUUGCUUAAUGAAGGUUGCUGAUAACUACUUUUUCUCUUCGCAUUUGGUUAUUAAAAUUACUUUAUUUUUGCACUGACAUAACAACCUCUUCAUUUUUGCUGCUUCAUUAAAUAUAUAUAUUGCACCAUACUUUUCCAAUACACCUUUGAUUAUCCUCUGUCCCCUUCCACUUCAUGUUCUUCCUACUAUUUUUUGCAGAAAAUAAAACAGAGUUGCAGUCUUCUACAUACUUAUUUAGGUAUAAGUGCUGUUGAUCCCAGGGGAACCUAUAUCUGAUUAAACAUACAUAAUAGUGGGUUAAAAUCUACACUUUAUAUUAGUAAAACUAUAACUUGUCCCCAAUUCAUGGAAGAGGCUGAGAUGAAGAGACUGGUUGCUCCAGAUGGCAAUCUCAUUUUUCCAGUAGAGCAGAGGACAUGUGUAUUCAUGCACUUGAGAGGGGAGCUCAUCUUGCAGUGAGCCUUUUUUUAAUGAUCAGAUAAGGUGGCUCCCCUGCUCGAGUUCUCAGUGUCCCAAGAUUUGUUUAUCUUUUCAUUGUCAGGAAUUGGUGCAAACUUUUAUCUGGGUCUUCAUCAACAGUAAUGGGAAGAACUGUCCAUUAGAUGCUUAGGGCCCCUUUGCAGGCACAGUGCACACGAUAACAUUCAUAAUUGUGUUGGAUAGAAUGUCUCGGAUGGAAGGGAUUGCAUUUUCUCUGCAACCCAUUAUGGCUUCAGUGCUAGGAAACAGUGAUGCUCACACAGACCUUAGACUGAUGUCUUUAUUCUGCACAAUAAAUAACAACUGCAGAGUUAUAGCACUAGGGAAGAGGUAGUCAACUGUUGCAUCCAGAUGUUUGGACUAUAAUUCUAUCAGCCCCAGCCAUCAUGGGCAAUGGUCAGGAAUUAUGGCUGUUAUGGCUCAAACUUUCGAGAGGUCAGGAAGAAAAAUAUUAGGAAAACUCUUGUACUGACUACAUGAAUCCUUGCUAGCCCAUCCAGUUGUCCUUCACCCCUGUUGAAGCAUGCAUGUCACAGCUCUCGCACUUAGCCUGAUGGUGGUUGUACAAUGUAAAGACCACUAUGAACCUUCCACUCAACAUCUGUUGAAAAUUUUGCAGGUCUUCUGUCACUUGUUAGCAUAACAAGGGAUCUCCUAAAUUAUAAAGUAAAUAAAGUGUUUCACAUGCAAAGGGUCCUUUCAAACCUGGUCUUAAAACUCUCAUCUUCCAUGUAUAGCCUAUGGGGACUUCCCAUUGUCUGUCUAGUCCCUGUGUUCUUUUCCCACUGACCUUCUGCUCUUAAUGGCCAUUUAUGUUAUUUUCUCAGAAGUCAGCUUUCCUUUGGAUACAUAAUGCACUUGUUCAUAAUAUAUGCAGUGCACAAAGAAAUACAGACAGGUGUUUCAGCUCCAGCAAUUACUGUGAGCAUGAGGUAUACUGGAACCGAUAAUAUCCCAGUAACAGUUGGACAGAGGGUAUGAUUAGCCUGCCCAACAAUUUAAUUAGACCUAAUUAGAAAUAGCAUU